GUUCAUUUCCCCAAAUUUGAAUUGUAUGCAUCUCCCGCCCUUGCCCUAAUCGACACCACUCUCUGCCGGCGAACUCUUUUUCCGGCGAAAUCGAGUUGCAUAAUUUGAUUGAGUGCUAUAAUCAUGGCAAGGAAUCUCAUUCAGAGGCCUCUUAUCUUUCAAGAUGAAAACUCGGACAUAUACUUCAAAAAGGGUGUGAUAACUGGCAAAUCAAAGAGUGGUAAACCUGAAGCUGUUAAAAAAGGUACUACAGGGCUUAAAAGUCGUAAUCCCCUCAAUGACAUCACGAACAAAUCAACUGCUCUUCCUGAAGAAGCAGCAAAGAAAAAGAGUUCACAGAAGGAGGUUAAAGUUCCAAGUGAGCUUAACAUAGCAGAGGAGACAUUUCAACAUGAUCACAAAAAAUGUGUCGAGGCACAAAGUUCAGGAUUGACGCGAAAACAUUUCAUGGAAUUGGUUCUGCCUGGUUGUGAUUCAGCUUCUCAUAUUGAUAUACCAAAAACAGAAACGGGAAUGAGUGAUAAAGGAAUCGAUAACUCACACUGCUAUCCCGUGCCAGAAGAAUUGUCUAUGUCAGAGUUCUCUUGGUUGAGAUCUUUAUGGGAUCCAUCUUCUCCCAAGAAGAUGGAUCCUCCACCCUCCUCUCCUUCCGAAUGGGUGGUUGAAUUUACACUCAAUGAAGAAAAAGAUUGCUGAAAUGGCUAGUGAGCUGCUCUAUUUAGUCGAUGACAUGUAUAUGAUAUUAGGUAAUUAACAAUUCUAAAUUUGGCACUAGUGGUCCAACAGUUGUGGAGUGUAUUUAUUUUUCAGCUUUUAACUAACUGUGGGGAGACUUUUCUGAAAUUAGUUUGGGCUAAGUUGUGUGUGUUCGUAAUCUGAAAUGACAUUUAAGUAUGUGUGAAUUCAUGAUGGUUAGUUCUGAA